AUAAACGGAACGAUUCCUAAUUUGGAGCGCGUUUGUUAGCGCGACUUUACUGCUUGCUUUUCUCGUUACUCUCUUCCAUCGCGGUGCCAUGUUCAAGCACUCGUCCCUUGCUGAGGCAUACUCCACUCUUGGUCUUCAAGAGGGUGCCACUCUCGAGGAGGUCAAAUCUGCUUAUAGGCAGCAUGCGCUGCGCACUCAUCCAGACAAAAACCCUGAUAAUGCUGAUGCUACUGCACAGUUUCAGGCAGUCGGUCAUGCAUACACUGUCCUCCAAAGGCACCUAGAUCCGCCUACUGGCUCCAGACGGACACACCAUUAUGGCAUGGACGACAAUGACGAUGAAUAUGAUGAAUACGACAACUAUGACGACUACGAGAACUACGAGGACGAUCCCUACACCUUUGAGGAUGAAGCAGACCGCAUGGCAUUUUUCAGGUUCCUUUUCUCACAAUUUGUGAACGGGGGACGUAUGCGUUUUAAACGGCCCGACCCUCACCGUAAUUAUCGUCGUCGAUCUCUCUCCCCCGAGACUCCCGAGCAAUAUAAGGCUCGAAUCGAACGGAAUCGCGCAGAGCAAGUCGAGGCUGAAAAACGGCGCGCUGAAAGGGCAGCUGAACGCAAAGCUUUCGAAGCACGGCAGCGCGACAAAGAACGUGAAGAGGCAGCCAAGAGGCAACAAGCUAAAGUAGCAUCCAAAAAGGCAGAAUCUGUGGCUGCUCGUAAAAGAGCGGCUGAGACUGCUGAGGCUCAGCAACGGCGUAUCCAGACUAUAAGAUCAGAAGCUUUUUCGGCUGCACGUAAGGGAGACGCUGUCAAAGUCAGAAAGGCGGUUUGGGAAGAGAAUGUCGAUGCUGCUGGAGGCGAAAUCAAGCCUGGUUGCGAAACAUACGUUAAGAGGCCACCUGAAGAUCUGAAGGAAACAUUGUUGCAUAUCGCUGCACGGCGAGGUGAUGUUGACCUCGUGGAGUGGCUAGACGCCCACAGUGCAGAUCCGGAAGAACGUAACGCUGCAGGGCUCUCGGCUUUCCACGUGGCGCUUCAGCAGGGCUGCAUCCCAAUCAUAAACCAUUUCUUCCAGUCAUAUGAUCCGAAGCAAGACGACGACCAUAGCGCGAUUUAUAGCCUCUCACCAUCAAUGUCGCUUCUUUCUCUAGCUUUAGAAUCUGGCCAGCCCGAGGUUGUUUGGAUGACCCUCGAGAAGGGUCUAGCCUCCAUCCAAGAUAUCGGAAAUGCGUGGACGCAGGUGACGUCUGAACAGACCAAUCGGCCACUGUUCAAGAAACUUCCCCGAGAUGGUGUCAAGUUUUCAGAGAUCCAGAACCUUCUGAUGACGUUCGGAGGGUUCACACCACCACCAACACCAAAGGCAUCGAGUCCAAAGGAUACGAGACACGAUUCGCCCUCUCCCCUUUCGCCGUUUGCGCCGGAUGGCUCUGCCAAGAGUCGUCACCAGACUCGCGCCAAAAAACUAAGCGUCAAUCAAGCUCAUCCUAAUGCUCAAUCUGCCAAAUUACCCCACAACAGCUCCCCGCCUGCCCCCUCGGAACCUGGCAAAUUGCAUUCGCGGGGUCCCGGUGGGGGACGUGGGCAGGGUCGCGGGCGGGGUCGUGGACGUGACGUGGACGUGGACGUGGACGUGGAACCUAGAUCGUUACUCAGUGAUCGCAUACCUCUGUUUCGUGUGCUCCCCGGCAUCAGUAUAUCUCAUUUCUUCCAUUUCAUUCUUCAUUCCAUGACACAUAACUCUCCUUCGCAUCAAGUCUCUUCUUGAUGCACCAUGCAUCCAUAAGUAUCAAUUGCGUCAUUCAGUGGUCUUGUUAUAGCUGCUAUCAUGAUCGCGAGCUAAUGUUUAUAUCGCAACCAUGUGUAAUGUUUACUCUAUGCGCAUGCACUACUUGUAUGUAAAUUAAAUUGUUGUAUUCUUUGAUGCGGCCUCGGCCUCGGCUGAGACUAUUUGCUCUUGUUUCAU